CAAAAAAAGAUAUCUGAAAAAGGAGGCAGAAGAUAGGCUACACACUGAGGAGAGAGAGGAGAGUCCAACGUUUGACAUCUAGAUACAAGGUGUGUGUGAACAGGAGGUGAGGGGACGAGUUUGUUUGCAGAAAGAGACAGUUAUGAAGAGAUACCCUGAGAAGUCCUUCAUCUCUUUGACGAUCAAUCUCCUCUGUUUGGGGAUCCUGCUGAUCACUGCCGUCUGGAUCAUUGUCGACAACAGUGUGUCCAGAUGGAGUGUCAGCCAUAUUCUACCAAGUGGACCACCUUCACCCAAGAAAAUCCCCCCUUGGCCCUCUGACUUUUGCAGAGGAUGCAGGGCGCUUAUUGAAAAAGUAAGAAGACACAUCUCAAAAACCUGGAAGAAGCAAGAAGAUAAUUACAAAAACCUCAGCUCUCAGCUAAGAAGUCAGUGCCAGGGAUUCGACAGGGCCAUCCUUACCCAGAACAACACUCCAGUGGGAUCAACUAUUGUGUACGUAAUGGAAAAGAAGAGGACCCUCAAGGUGUCUCCGGAGAUUUUCAGCACCUUUUUGAAGGAACAUCCAUUUCCAAAGAAAAAGUGGGACACGUGUGCUGUUGUUGGGAACUCAGGCAUUCUGACCAACAGCAGCUGUGGAAGGAUGAUCGAUUCGGCUCAGUUUGUUAUCAGGUGCAACCUACCUUCUUUGGGAAAAGGCUAUGAGAAACAUGUAGGCACCAAGACUGACAUUGUGACAGCAAAUCCAACCAUCUUCAUUCAAAAGUAUGGGUCCUUAAAUGGGCCCAGACGUCCAUUUGUGGAGAGUCUAAAUAGCUACGGCAAGUCCCUGCUGCUUCUACCUGCCUUUUCCUUUGGCUUUUGCACUCCUCUGUGCCUGAGGGCAGUACACAGCAUUAGGGACUUUGAAAGUCCCAUUCGGCCCACCUACAUGAACCCUGAUUACCUCCGGAGCCUGGCCCUCUUUUGGCGCUCCAGAGGCCUACACGGAACUGGACUGAGCUCGGGAUUUUUGAUGCUUAGCCUAGCGCUGGAAAACUGUGCCAACAUUGAUUUGUACGGGUUCUGGCCCUUCAGUAACCAUCCAUUUGAACUCCAUGCUGUGAAUAACCACUACUUCGAUGAUUUAAAAGGUAAAUGGGGACCCCACUCCAUGCCUGCUGAGUUUGACCUCUUGUUGCAGCUGCACAGUCAAGGGGUGCUUAGGCUUCACCUGGGGAAGUGUCGACCAGGUGAUUAGUUCCCAGAUCCAGAGACAGGGCGGACUGGGCAUCUGCAGUACCGGGAAAUUUCCUGGUGGACUGAGGCUGUGUCUCAGAAUUUGUGUCUUAACUAUGCCUAUUCAAUCCAAUCCACUCACUCUCCUCCCACAUCUGCUCCUAGACCCUCUGAGCAGAGAGCUAAACCGGAACGUGCAUUAAAAUGUCAUGACACUUACACCAAUUCAUGCAUUUGAUAAAUAAUUAUGAUCUCAACUUUGAUAAAAAUAGAUUAGUAUUGUCAUUUCUGGCCAUUAUCAUCGAGUCAUAAUCAUCUUUUACUUUUUCCAGCAAGGUUGCAAGGAAAUGCUUUAUUGACAUAUAGUGAGAUGUUAAUUAAUUCCAGUUAGAUACAAAUACCCAGUGGUGGGAUAAUUAACAGUGUUUGCUGUACGUUGUUGAUUUUUCAGUAAACUCUAUUCCAGGGGUGGCCAACCAGCCAGAGACGAAGAGCACAUGUUUGACUGUGAUACUGCAAAGAGCCACAUCAUACACACAUGCUGGAUGUAUGUCCCCCCCACUUCUCUCUCACACUCUCUCUUUUGCUCUCACCCAUUCUGUGUGCUCCAGGGGCAUAGAUAGGUUUUCAAGUUUGAGUGGGUGGACUUCACAUCCUCUAGGGGGGUCAUUUUAAAGUGAAUUGCAUGCAUCUGGUGCACUGUGAGAGCAACAUGAAGAGGCCACAUCUAACAGAACUGUGUGGUCUUGGUAAGGGGAGGGGGCACAACUCUCAGCACUAAUACGAGACAUAAAACAUGUAUAUUUUUCUUUUCAAUUUCAAAAUGUUCAUUUGGGUGGGCUUUAAACAUUUUAGGUGGGCUGAAGUCCACCUCAGAUAGGCCUAGCUAUGACACUGGUGUGCUCCCUCACUCUCUCCCUCUGUGCCCCUCUCUGUCUCUCACACAUAGAAAAUGAAAAUCGAAAAAUGUACAAUAAUUCACACAUUCACACACACACACACACACACACACACACACACACACACACACACACACACACACACACACACACACACACACACACACACACACACACACACACACACUCUCCAAUAGACACACAAACUCUGUCACACAGAGGGACACACCUCUGCUCAGCCAGAUUUCUUGUAAAUGUCACACACCAUGACAUUGACAGGAAUCAGUGUUAAGACCAGAGGCCAGUUUUUUGUCAGCCAUUGAGAGUGUGUGCACUCACACACAUACUCUCACUUAAUCAUGUGAAAACUACUUUUAUAUUACUGCAUGUUGCUUCUCUGAACUGAGUUGGGUGAUUCUCUGAAAUCAGUGCACUUUGUGUCCCACAGAUUUACCUCAAAGAUUUUCAUAUAAAGUAAACCACAAAAUGCAUUUUAAAACAAGAAAUGGAAAGAUCCAUGUGUCUUUGCAUUAUAACACACAAACAUAUUUUUAAAAUUAUGUUUUGAAAAAUGUUAUGGGUUGCUGAGGCGUAGAGGUCAGCCAAAUGAGCAUGUCCCUACUGAGCAAAGUUACUUUUUCAUUGAAUAUAAAACAAAUAAAAAUAGUCAGUAAUCACAAGUUUUUUCUGCUAAUAUAAUAAUGUUCCUGUCUACUUUAACCUAAAUAAAAGAAAUGUGAAAAGAAUGCAUGAAUUAUUUAUAAAAUAGCACCAUUUAAUCACGUCCCCCAGUUUUGUUCAACCCCAUAACAGCAUACCAAUCCCCCCCUUUUUAAAAAUAAUGGUUCAGUCCAACUUUCUCAGCACCCAGGAAGUGACAUCACUCAACAUUUCCCUGCUCAAACUGUAAGAGAGUUAAGUGUGAGCAUACCUUCUUACCUAUAUUUCAUUGUUUUUAUUGUCAGAUUGACAUCGUAAAGCUCAACCGUUCAACACUGUUACAUGCAUAAAUGAUAUUUACUACUGUUUGAGAAAAAGCAAACAAUUUUCUUGGAAAAAUAUAUUAAUUUCUUGUUUUCCUCAUGCCAUAUGGUGCUCCAUACCCUAGCUAAUGUGGACUUAUGGCUACUUUAAGCUAAAAUGUUCAACCCUGUAACAUUCAACCCUGUAACAAAAAACACUGUUACGGGGUUGAAUCAUUGUUACAGGGUUGAAGGUUGGACUGUUCUUAAGCCAGCCAGCCCCUUUUCUCUAAAUGUUAUUUCAUGUUCAUUAUUUUCAUAUCAGAUGGCUAAAUCAAAUGCAGAGAGGCAAAGAGAGUACAGGGCGAGAAGAAAUGCAGAUUCACAGAGAAGGGAAGAAUACCUCAGGAAAGAGCAUGAGCGAUGGAAAAGAGAUACAUCUCUGAGAACCUUUCUUGUAAGUACAGCACUGAAAUUCAGUCAGUACACUUUGGAUCAUCCCACCAACAGGCCACACUUCACACAGGGGUCAUCUAUGUUGGUGGAACCCAAGAACCAACCUGCUUUACCUCCAUCUCACCAUCCAAGCACAAGAGUCCAGCUGCUAUAUGGGAACAUCUGAAACCUGCACUGGACUAUGUGCAGACCACACACCCAGAGGUGUCUGUACGCAGUACAAGCAAAAAGGAAACUUUUUUCUCUUCAGUACAGAGCUUGAAAAGAGAGGACUGAGAGGGACCUGGAAUUUUUUCGAGUCCAGUCAUGGCAAAGGAGCACCAGAUGGUGUUGGUGCUGCCUUAAAGAGAUCAGCAGACAACCCCAUCAGCCAUGGCCGGGACAUCAACAAUGCUUAUGAGCUCUUCAAGGCCCUCUCUGAGACGGACACUUCGAUCAAAUUGUUUUUUAUCAAGGAUGAAGCUGUUGAGCAGGCACUGCAAAGGAUGCCGUCCACCAUUCCACCAGUUCCAGGAACCAUGCACGUCCAUCAGGUCAUCACUCUUGCUCGAGGGGAGAUAACAUCGCGAGAUGUCAGCUGCAUGUGCUCCACCUAUGGAAAGCUUGUAUGUGAAUGCUGGAAUACAAAGCAUUUCAGCUUUGUCAGGAAAGUCCCAGCUACCGUGUCGCCAGCUACUGUGUAGAAGGGCAGAGAGAAAUCAAUUGGGAUAACCCAGAGGUAAUAGGGAAGUGGUGUCUGCUCACUUAUGAUAAAACAUUGUAUCCAGGAAUAAUCCUUGCCACAAAUGAAAUCGACGUUCAAGUCAAAUGCAUGCACCAUGCUGGAAUCACCAAGAACAGGUUCUUUUGGCCUCUACAAGAGGAGGUACUAUGGUAUCCAUUUGAUGAUGUGCUUGAGCUCAUCCCGCCUCCUCAGCCUGUGACAGGACUUGAUUCACGUCACAUGCAAAUUCAGAAUGAGAUCUGGGACAGACUGUCUAACUAAUGGAUGAAAGAACCAUAAAAGCAGGAACAACAGAUCAGAUAAGAAAAGAGACCAUCCACAUUCACUCAUCAAACUUAUUAGUUCAGUGUUUAGUGAACGCUCAAUUUUCCGAUUUUAGAAGAGACAGCAAUGUACUUUUUUACUGCUGAUACUACAGGUGAGAGAUGAAUUGUAUUAAAGCCUGUGAAGAACAUAUGAAAGGAUUUUAAUGUUAACGUUUAUAUUUAGAGUGUAACUGUUGUGAUGUCAACUGUUACAUUGUUAAACCAAUUCCAGUGAGAUAGAUUUUGUAUACAGCAUUCAGCCUAUGCUGCUGUUCUUCAUUUUUCUUCUCAUAGGACAGAUCCGUUCAAUCUAAAUGUGAUGUUAUUUUACAUACCUUAUGAUAUGGUUCUUUCCUCAUGUUUGUUUUAAUAAAUGAAUUUAAGUCAA